UGUAAAUCAAAAUUUUAGUAGCAAAAUGCAAAGUUAUUCAACAUCAAUAUGCCCGAGGACGCAACAAGACCUUAUGCUCACUUAAGGCAGGCAGCGCUGGAAAAACGCAGAGCCAAAAUGGACUACGAGGAGAAGCGUCAAUUGAUUAACGAUGGGUACGCGUAUCGGUUGCGCCUUUUGAAGGAACUCAAGCUGGAGAUAAAACGGAGAUAUAAACAGGAGCUGGCGGAAGCUCAAGAGGAAUACCGUGAAAGGCAAAUGAAUAUAAAAGAGAUGAGAGGGCAAGCUGCAUGCUCCAAAAAUUAGCCAGCACUGCGAUUAUUAUGCGAUCAUUUACCAGCCAUUGACAGCAACUCUUGUCCUGGUUCUGCUCCACUUGGCAGCCUCAUUAAUAUUAAAAAAUUGUCUACCAAGUGAGCGCAGCCUGCAUUUUAAUGAAAUACACGACGAGAACAGCAUAAAAAACAACAACCAAUUUCACAAUUUGCGCCUCGAAAUAUAUGCAACACUACUUUUUCUACUCAUACUGUUCUAAAAUAAAAGAAAUUGAAAAGCCAAA